GGGAUUGAUUUCCGGGUCAAAGCAAAUGGGACAGAGAAGAGGAGGAGGAGGCACGAAAAUAUAAGGAUAAAAAAAAAAACUCACCGUCUUGAUAAAUUAACAACCGGGAAGGAAAACACACUAAUGGAUUUUUUCCCUUUUAAAUGUCGGGUAGGCCAGCUGGUAGGAGUGUUUUAACAAGUUUUAUGACGCAUUUUUCCGUCUCCUCUCUCACAAACUUAUAGUUAAAGGAGCCGUGUGAAGGAUUUAGAGUGACAUGUUGGCACAAGCGGGAGAUAAUAUUCAAAAGUAGUUUUUUUUAACUAACGUAUAAUCAUGUGGAAAUAGGAAAGUUUGUGUUAUCUUUGGUGGAGAGGGAGGGCUUUGCAGCGACACGGUGGCCGGGUCCUGCUCCGUGUGCGCCUCCAUGUUUCCUCUCCGGCGGCCGAACGGAGGGGCUCUAGCUUUGAACCGGCGUUUGGUCUUGGGAGAACUUUUAUAGAGUUAAAGGUGUUUUUAUAAAUGGAGGAUCAUACUUAUUACAUCGGGCUACACAGAGCAAGCAAGCGGGAAGCGUCUCCGUCCAGGAGGAGUCAGCUGGUGGAGGCCAAGCGGGUGAGGGACCAGGAGCGGCAGAAAACUCGGGUGAACAUCGGGGCGGCCUUCCCCCGGUGGAGGGCGCUGAGGAGGGACAAGCGUCUCAACAGCGACACCGAGGUGGCCUGUUUCCUGCUGGACAGUUAUCAUAGUGCUAAUCCUUCACAAAACACACCUCAGCAGUCAAGCAGAAACUCUUCAGCCACGCCAAGGGGGCGUGCUUUUAGUCUACAGCCAUUUGCAGAGGGAUUAUUGACGGGACUUGGACUUCAAAACGGAGCUGGCUCUUCAGUCCAUCAUGCUGCUGCUGUCCAGUCAUUUGUAAAUGGAACGAACCAGAGAAAAAGAGACAUUGGUUGCCAAAAUAUCAUGAGACAAGACAACUGGACAAUGACAGACACAGACUUGGAAAAUCAAAAAAAUAAAGAUCAAAAUGGAGUUGACUCCAGGCAGUGUGACCCAGUGCAACAGAGCGACGCGAGCGCUCGAGAAGCUCGGGAGUGUCUCAGCACCUCGACAGGUGUAGAUGACGGACAGUACCUGUUGGAUCUGGAGAGCCCGACUCAGCACGUUGUUGAUGAAGAGUGCAUCCUCCAGCUGUUCAGGAGUUGCCUCGAGUGCAACAAACAGUGCACAGUCAGGAAGCGGGUGAGAGGACUGCGGCUCGUGGUGUACCAGGCCUGCUACUACUGUCACUGCCGCUGUAAAUGGUCCAGCCAGCCAGAGGGCGAGGACAACUAGACGUGCAGGAAAGACGCAGCACCCGGACAGACCACCCAAAGUGAUGCCGCCCCAGCAGGGAGCCGAGCUGACGAAGCGUUGCUGCAUUUCAGCCGGUAACACAUCCAGAAUGACAUUCCACCUGACAUCAGUUGUGUUGGAAACGAGUUUAACGGGAAAUAUAAUGAUCACCUCAUGUUUGAACACAAAGUGCAAUCGGUGGCAGGAACUGUAUCCUCGUUGAGACUCUGAUAUUAACUACCUCCACCCAUGUUGUUUCUGUUUAUCCACUGAGAUGUGUUGUUUGGAACAACAUUUUUCUACCUCACUUACCUCAAUCAGUAUUUCUUGAUUUCAUAAUUGCACCUUGGAUCUGAAUUUGAGGCAUAUUUCACUCAAGAACAUUGUUUUGGGCAGACUUGAUAUCGCUCUGUGGCAGUGAUUGUACCUUUUUAUUGUUCCAGUAGCAAGCAAUAUACCUGACACUACAGAGUUUAUUUUUAUAUGCUUUCAUAAAUCUUAUAAGAAAAUAAAAUGCAAAAAAGUUA